CAUAAAGUACAAACUACAAGAGACUUACAACCACAUAAAAGCAAACCUUUCCACGACUACUUGCGUAAGCAAUAGCACUUGACCCUACAACAGAAUCGCGAUGUCGACCCGGCUUACACUGCGGCGAAUCGAGUCGGCCCACAGCUCUGCACGAGGGCUCCAUCACCUGCUUCCACCAGUGCACACCGUAUGUAGCGCACCACACUCGCCACGGGGUAGCUCCUGCGGCCCGCUUCAAGCGGCUGCUUCGGCUUCCUUUUCAGCUUCCUUUGGCGUUGGCGCCCCAGUGCUGGAAUCUGCACCUGCAUCGCCAGCAGAGACCUUCCUUAGCCGAUACGCGCUGGGCAAGACCCUUGGGCAGGGGGCCUAUGGAAUGGUGCACACCGCUCUCAACAAAGCGACAGGCGAGGAGGUGGCUGUCAAAGUCGUCGCGAAACAGCGUAACGCAGGUCGCAACCAGCGUGGAUCAUUGCACCGGGAGGCACAACUCUGGAAGCGGGCUUGCGUUGCUUCACGGCAAGCGUGCCAGUUCUUCGCCAUCGAGGAAGACGCCGUCAACUACUACAUCAUCUCGGAGAAGUGCGACGGUGGUAGCCUGCAGCAGAUGCUGGACGCGCGCGGAUCGCUCAAAGAGGAAGAGCUGUCACAGGUCGCAUGGUGCGUGCUGUCCUUCCUGGGCGACUUGCACAAGUCGGGCAUCUACUACGGCGACUUGAAGCCUGGCAACGUCAUCCUCAAGGACGAGUACCCCUGCACCUCGGGGGCGCUGGGCAGCUGCCUCAACGUGCGCGUGGUGGACUUCGGCUGCAGCCAGCUGGUGUCCACCUCGGAGGCGGCGCCACUGCGCGGCCUGGCCGGCUCGCCGCUGUUCCUGGCGCCCGAGAUCCUGAAGGGCAGCUACGGCCUGCCCGCGGACAUGUGGGCGCUGGGUGUGAGCAUGUACAUGCUGCUGUGCGGCAAGCUGCCGUUCUGGCUGGAGAGCGUGCCGCAGCUGGAGCAGCUGGACAUGGACAGCAUCAACCUGGGCAUCAUGUACAACCCGGUGCUGUUCGCGGGCGCGCAGUGGAAGGGCGUCAGCGAGCAGCUGAAGGACCUCAUCUGCGGCCUGCUGGAGAAGGACCCCGCGCGGCGCCUCACCGCGGCGCAGGCCAUGGAGCACCCCUGGUUCGCCGCGGCCAAGGAGACGUGCGCCGUGGACGUCUGAGCACCGGCGGCUGCGCCCGCUGCCGCUGCCCAGCAACAAUGCCCUGGCCCUGUCAGCGGGGGCGGGACGCGUGGCGGCAGCGGAGGGCAAGCGGAGGGGAGCGCGAGAAGCCAGGGCUGGGGCGCGCGCAGCUUAAAGGCUGUCGCUGGCGGUGCGCAACGGCAGCGCUUCGCGGCUGGUUGAGCGGCUGGUAUGAGCUACGGAGGAUGAAAGCGACCGGGUGCAACAGCAGCGAGGGACUAGAGAGACUCAAGACCAGCCACAGGACGGUAUCGUUGGCUGUGUUAUUGUGCUGCACUUAAAUACACGUACUGAAUCGAAUCGGGAGCGGGUGUGAAGCUAGGCACACGUUGUACAAGUUUAUUCGAACUAGUGGCUCUAUUUGUUUCGGACUCUGCUUAUGCAUGGGUCUACGCUGCAUCCAUGCCCUCAUCCCUAACGCGUGGAACGUCCAGUCGUACACGGGAGGCGGCCCUAUCGAGGCCUUGCGUUUCAUGGAGCGGCUGUCACUGGCAUGCGGGGAGCAUAGGCGGGAUGACGGGAAGAGCGAGCUGGAGAGAGCGACAGCGGCCAGCCGAUGGCGGCGCGUGAGGCGCCCUGGCCGUGCGAGUUGUGGCAGAUUGCCGCGCUCCUGGGGAAGCAUUGAAGGGACCCUGGUGUGACAGUGGACGAGCUUCUUGCAUGUAGUAUAGUCGGGCGGCGGUUGACGCCCGUGGCGUGGGCCUGGCCUUGGGCAAGCAAUCCAAGUUCUGGAAAGCGCAGUCCAAGCCAUAAUCAAGUGCCAACUGCGAAUGAGAUGAUGUGACUUAUUCCAAGCCUGUGUACCUUGUACUAUUUGCCGGCCUGUCGGUACCAUGAUAAUAGCGUUGAGUGAAGCGUUAAAUCUUUACGCGAUGCAAUUGUCGCUGUGAUUGUCUCAUGGAGUGGGAGACGCCCACGAUGGCGCCCCGAUGUUGCACAGGGUGACGGGGCGCACCAUCGAUGUGGUUUAUUGACGGAGGGCAAGCAGUGACCCCUGAGAUGAAGCGAGAUGGUAUUAGGCGUGAGACUGAGCACGUCUGCCGGACAGUUUGUCGGAUGUUAUAGUAUGUUCAGCGGGAGAGGGGUUAGGAGGGUCAGGUGGCAAUGUGCUGGAAAGAAUGACACACGCGGGGAUGACCACUUCACGGUCCCUCGACGAGAGUUCAUAGCGCUUGCUUUGAAAGAGUGUGAAGCAAAGGUGCAGAUGAACCCGUAGGUUGCUGCGUUGGGCCGAGGAUACCAUACCAUCGUUUUUGUCUUAUAGCCUUCGCCGGAAGAACCACCCAACAUCUACGUAUGGGGCGGCCCGGCGUGUUAUGUCUCGGCGUUCUGUGUAUCCAGGAUGCCAGCUGAAGGCUGACGGUGUGGCGCUUGGUCCAGCGGGCACGUGACGAGGCAUGUUCACCAUGUGGGUGAUGCCCGCUGGCUUUCGAUUCGACUAGGCUGACUGAGUUUCGUGGCGCACUUGUCCCGACCUAGAUAGGGUGGAGAUGAAGGACUGCCGGAGGUGAAGAGUGCAUUACGGACAAACGAAACAUUGCGCCAAAAGACGCGCUUCAUUUAUUGGGUUUCGUGCGAAGCGUUUGAUAGCUUUAGCGAUAUGUUUGCAGCGAAGUUGUUGCGCAGUGGGUGGCACAGGAGACGCAAACAGUUGUACCUGAUACCCUGCCCUAAAGACAUUUGUGGCGGCGCUGAGGAGGGGACAUGUCAGUGUGUGUCCCAGUGAGGCCUGUUUCCCAUGUCGUCGGACAGGAAGGAGGGGAGCGGUGGAGGCUACCGUAUGCACCCCCGCUUGCCACCGCUAUCUGGUGACUGCAAGUGCAAGCGCUUGGUCCCAUCAUCACCGCAUGUGUAACUACAGCAACAA